CCGGCUGCUGGACAGCGGCUCCGUGGAGAACGUGCUGCAAGUCGGCUUCCAUCUCAGUGGCACAGUUACUGAACCAGCCACUACUUCUGAACCAGCAAUGACUUACAAAGUUGCAAUCAGUUUUGAUCGAUGCAAAAUCACUUCAGUGACAUGUGGCUGUGGCAACAAGGACAUAUUCUACUGUGCUCAUGUGGUAGCACUCUCACUCUACAGGAUCCGUAAACCAGACCAAGUCAAAUUGCGUCUUCCUAUCUCAGAAACCCUUUUCCAGAUGAAUAGGGACCAGCUACAAAAGUUUAUUCAAUAUUUAAUCACAGCCCACCACACUGAAGUUCUUCCUACUGCACAGAAACUGGCAGAUGAGAUUCUAUCCUCCAACUCAGAAAUCAACCAAGUGAAUGGUGCUCCUGACCCCACAGCUGGAGCCAGCAUUGAUGAUGAGAACUGUUGGCAUUUGGAUGAAGAACAGGUGAAAGAACAAGUGAAGCUCUUUCUCUCCCAGGGUUGUUACUAUGGCUCUGGGAAGCAGCUCAAUUCAAUGUUUGCCAAGGUUCGAGAAAUGCUGCGGAUGAGAGAUUCCAAUGGAGCCAGGAUGCUGACACUAAUAACUGAGCAGUUUAUGGCUGACCCACGACUCACACUCUGGAGGCAGCAAGGAACAAGCAUGACAGAUAAGUGCAGGCAGCUCUGGGAUGAGCUAGGGGCCUUGUGGGUGUGCAUCAUUUUAAAUCCACAUUGCAAACUGGAGGAAAAAUCCUCUUGGCUACAGCAACUGCAGAAGUGGAGCGACUUGGAUGUCUGUCCCCUGGAAGAUGGGAACUAUGGGCAUGAGCUGCCCAAUAUCACCAACGCACUUCCCCAGAAUGCCAGUCACAACCCAGACUCCUUAACCAGACCAAGACGAACAGUGUUUACUAGAGCCAUCGAGGGCCGUGAAUUGCAUUGGCAAGACAGCCACCUACAGCGAAUAAUUAGCAGCGAUAUAUAUAUAGCUCCUGCCUGUCAACAGGAAAGUGAGAGACUACUCUUUAAUUCCCAAGGCCAGCCACUGUGGCUUGAACAUGUGCCUACAGCCUGUGCUCGGGUAGAUGCCCUGCACUCCCAUGGUUAUCCAAAAGAGGCCCUCAGACUCACGGUGGCCAUUAUCAAUACUUUGAGGUUGCAGCAGCAACGGCAGUUGGAAAUCUACAAGCAUCAGAAGAAAGAACUGUUGCAGAGAGGAACCACAGCCAUCACAAACCUGGAAGGCUGGGUGGGCCACCCCCUGGAUCCCAUUGGCUGCCUAUUUCUUACUUUAACUGAGGCCUGCCGCCUGAAUGAUGAUAGCUAUCUGGAAGUGUCAGAUGUGAAUGAAAGCAGACCCCCUGUGUACCAGCAUGUACCCAUGGCAGCAGGCUGCCCAAGCAGCAGUGAGUCUUACUUGUCAUUGGCCUUGGAAGUUGCUCUGAUGGGGCUGGGUCAACAGAGGGUGAUGCCUGAAGGCCUCUACGCACAGGACAAGGUGUGCCGCAAUGAGGAACAGCUCCUGAGUCGACUCCAGGAGCUUCAGCUGGACGAUGAACUGGUGCAAACCCUACAGAAACAGUGCCUCUUACUGCUAGAAGGAGGCCCCUUCAGUGGUCUGGGAGAAGUCAUUCACCGAGAGAGUGUUCCCAUGCAUACCUUUGCCAAGUAUUUGUUCUCAGCUCUCCUGCCUCAUGAUCCAGACCUGUCCUAUAAAUUAGCCUUACGUGCCAUGAGGUUACCUGUUCUAGAAAACUCAACUUCUACUGGGGACACUUCCCACCCUCAGCAUAUGGUGUCUAUGGUGCCCAGCCGUUAUCCUCGUUGGUUCACACUUGGACACUUGGAAUCACAGCAGUGUGAACUGGCCUCCACCAUGCUGACUGCUGCCAAAGGAGACACUUUGAGGCUCCGAACAAUCCUGGAAGCAAUACAGAAGCACAUCCAUUCCUCCUCCCUCAUCUUCAAACUGGCCCAAGAUGCAUUCAAGAUUGCUACUCCCACCGACAGCAGUACUGACAGCACCCUGCUCAACGUGGCCCUGGAGCUGGGGCUACAGGUGAUGAGAAUGACCUUAUCAACCCUUAACUGGAGGCGCCGGGAGAUGGUUCGGUGGUUGGUGACCUGUGCUACAGAAGUGGGUGUGCGGGCCCUGGUGAGCAUCUUGCAGAGCUGGUACACACUCUUCACCCCCACCGAGGCUACUAGCAUUGUGGCUGCCACCGCCGUAUCCCACACCACUAUCCUGCGCCUCAGUCUUGACUACCCACAGCGGGAGGAGCUGGCUAGCUGUGCUCGCACACUGGCCCUGCAGUGUGCUAUGAAGGAUCCACAGAGCUGUGCCCUAUCAGCCCUUACACUCUGUGAGAAAGACCACAUCGCCUUCGAGGCAGCCUACCAGAUCGCCAUUGAUGCUGCCGCCGGUGGCAUGACCCAUUCACAGCUGUUCACCAUCGCCCGCUACAUGGAGCUCCGUGGCUACCCGCUACGUGCCUUCAAGCUGGCCUCACUGGCCAUGAGCCAUCUCAACUUAGCCUACAACCAGGACACCCAUCCAGCUAUCAAUGAUGUGCUCUGGGCAUGUGCCCUCAGCCACUCUCUGGGCAAGAAUGAGCUGGCGGCCCUCAUUCCCCUGGUGGUGAAGAGCGUGCACUGUGCCACAGUGCUCUCAGACAUCCUACGGCGCUGCACGGUGACUGCACCUGGCCUGGCUGGCAUCCCAGGUCGCCGCAGCUCUGGAAAGCUCAUGUCCACUGACAAAGCUCCACUGCGCCAGCUGCUGGAUGCCACCAUCAAUGCCUAUAUCAACACGACGCACUCACGCCUGACACACAUCAGCCCUCGUCACUAUGGAGAGUUUAUUGAGUUUCUGAGCAAGGCUCGGGAGACCUUCCUGCUGCCGCAGGAUGGCCACCUGCAGUUUGCCCAAUUCAUCGACAACCUCAAACAAAUCUACAAAGGCAAGAAGAAGCUGAUGCUGCUGGUGCGAGAGCGCUUUGGCUGAGAAAGCAGACAGCCCACUGCCGGGGCAGCCUGGGCUCCCGGUACCAUCGGGUCAGGUCAAGGACACUGAAACAUUUGUCCACCCUGAGAGGACCCUACACACCUGUGGCUGAACCAAAGGACCACAGGGCUAAGCAUGGGGAGAGUCCAACCCUGGCCUGAACCUGCCUUGGCAAGAUUCUCGGUAUAGCCCACUGUUCCUGGAGGAGCUGGGCCCUGCAGAUCGAUCAGAAACUCUACAACAUGCCACCUCACGCCCCUAUAUCCUGCGUGUGUCCUGGGCAUUGGCCCUCUCUCCCUUGGCAAACACAGAACACUGUUCCAUCUCAGGGAUUGCUUAACCAGAGAAACAGAAGCAUGUAUGGUACUGUAAAUAUUAUAGUAUAUGUGUUGCCAAUUACAUUGUAAAGUUGUAACUAUUUAUAAUUCUGGUUCUAAUUUCAUGGGUACUUGAAAUAGCUGUGGGUGGGAAGGUAGACUUGUUUUCUGAGGAGACUCACACCAUUUCUCAGGUUUCCGUUGCAGAGUAUAUACUGUUGGCAGUGGAAGAGUGCAAGUGGCAGGGAGAAAAAUGCCAGUUAGAAUAAAUCCCAAGUCUAGUCUAUGCAGAAACUGCAGCCUGCAGAAGGGGUAGCUGUAGCCACAUGGUGAGUAAGGGGCUGGGCCAGGACUGAACUUAGACUUUGCUGCACGAAGCCAUGAGGACACUGAAGCUCAUGCUCCUGCCUCACACAGCCUCCAGGAGCCUGCGAGCUCCUGAGAAACAAGAUCAGGGAGCAGGUGGAGGUCUGGGAGGCCACUGAGCUCAUACUGUUCAUCUGCUCUGGUCACCAUUGUUAGUGUCUAGUUUCAUCUCUCAUUAUGUAUGUAUGUGUGUGUGUGUGUGUGUGUGUGUGUGUGUGUAUCCGUAUGGCUAAGUACAUGUGUCUGUAUGCAGAUAUAUAUCUGUGCAUACCUGUAUGUGCACAUGUGUGUGUCUGUGUGCUGGACUAUGGGUUUCUGUGUGAGGGUAUACACAUUUGUGAACAUGUAGGAAUACUUAUCUGUGUGUGUGUUCAUGUUGAUACAUGUUUAGUGUGUAUCUGGGCACACAUGAGUUCAUGUGCAUAAACAUGUUUGUGUGUAUGCUUGCUCUCCAUUGAUGCAUCUUUACAUGUGUAAUUGUGUAUAUUUCAACAUGUAGGUAUGUAUGUGAAUUUAUAUUUGAGCAUCUGCAUGGAUGUGGCUCUUCUCUUUUUGCCAGAUCUGUCUUCCCAAUUCCUCUUAGUCUCUCUCACCAGCUAAACAUGUUCCCCACGUCUGUGCCUCCUUUAUUCUCUCACCAAACAAGCUUCUAAUCACUAGUCUAUCUUAAGAGUGGCUUCUUCAGCUCCAGUUCUCUCCUCACCCUGCACUUGCUUUCUCCCUCUGCCUCUCUACCUCAAGCUUCCUCUGCCUGCUUUGGUCACAGUCCCAUUGGUUACUGAUUUGGAGGCUGGGGCUGGGAUGCAUUUGGCCUUUCCCUUUCUGACUAGUUUCUAGCCCUAGUGGGCAACCCCUGUGUUAGCCCUGGCUGACCUCCACAAUGUAUGACAUUCCUGCUACCUUCCUGCCCCUAUGCUCAGCCUGAAAUUAGGAGGUAGCAAGGGCAUUCCGAAGAGUCAUUUGGAUGCCAGUGUCUUGGUGUUUACUAUUUUAUGUUUUAGUUCCUGAGUAGGGGAUGGGGUGUGAUAGGAAGGGUGGUAUAGCUAGAGUGUGAACUAAGGACCUGUCUGCUCUAUUUUCCUUUCUUUGACAAACUGUUUGUUUUGCCUUCUUUCCCCCCCCUCCACACUAACCAGUAAGUUGUAUUUGCUAUUUGUGGCUAAUGAAGUCUUACUGUUCAGCCAUGGGCCCUACAACCUCUCAGCCCAACAGGUUGGUUUAAAAAAAAAAAGCCACUCCCAAAUCUGUAUUAAGGUUGCCAUUUUUUAGCAAGUAUGUGAACUCAGUGCUUUUCUAUAAAUAAAUCAUGGAUCACAG